CGGAAAAGUAAAAAAGAAAAGAAGCUACCAACUACCCAGACACCGAAGGUUCUGCGUUGUCGUGCAGAGAGUAACGUUCCAGUGGCGGGCGCUGUGGUUGCAGCUGUCACGUAGCCGGUGGUAGCGCUCAUUGACAUUUAUAAUUCAGAAGCUACUCCUUACUUUGCCGUUCGGUCACCGGAACCGUGUGCUCAGGGAGCAACAUGUCCACCAUCACCUCCGUCGAACUAAACUAUAUCGUCUUUCGAUACCUUAACGAAUCAGGUUUCAUACACACUGCUUUUUCGUUUGGAAAUGAAGCAGGUAUUAGCAAAAGCUCCAUUGAUGGAACGCUUGUUCCAAUAGGUGCUCUUAUUAGACUUGUUCAGAAGGGGCUACAGUACUUGGAGAUGGAAGCCAACUUGAAUAAUUGUGAUAUGAACCUGGAUGAAGAUUUUUCAUUCUUACAACCUUUGGAUCUUAUCACGAAAGAUGUGCAAGAACUUGGGAAAAUGGUUAAUAAAAAAAGGAAAAAACUACAUAAGGAUAGACAUAAGGAUGCUGAAAAGGAGCAUGAAGGUGGGCGAGGAUGGGUAAAAGAAAAAGAAAGACAUGAAAAGGCUAAUAAAGAAUGUGAAAAGGAUAGAGAUCGGGUAAAAGAUCUUAAAGAGCUAGAACAGAAGCAUGGCAAUCAGAGUAGUAAAGAACUGGUCACAGAUCAAGAACACAUGGUUACUUCAAUGCAUGAACAGGAUAAAGCUUUGGAAGGACUAGAGCCGAUGGACAUUUGUACAGUAUCAACAUCGCAACCAUGUGAAAUCCGUAGUUCAGACGUGAUCGUUUUGGAAGGUCAUACAUCCGAGGUGUGUGCCUGUGCAUGGAGUCCUACAGGAUCUCUUGUAGCAUCAGGGUCUGGGGAUUCAACAGCUCGUAUUUGGUCAAUACCAGAAGGGAGAUGCAAAUCUGCUUUGCUGAAUGACCCUCCAAAUGUGUUUGUGUUGAAGCAUGUUAGGGCUAAACCAAAUGAAAAGAGUAAUGAUGUCACUACACUUGAUUGGAAUGGGGAGGGGACACUACUUGCAACUGGCUCAUAUGAUGGGCAAGCAAGAAUUUGGACCACCAAUGGAGAACUGAGGAGUACUUUAAGCAAACACAAGGGACCCAUAUUCUCUUUGAAGUGGAAUAAGAAAGGUGAUUAUCUUCUAACGGGAAGUUGUGACCAAUCUGCAAUUGUAUGGGAUGUGAAAGCUGUGAGAUGGAAACAGCAAUUUGAAUUUCAUUCAGGUUGGACACUUGAUGUUGACUGGCGCAACAAUGUGUCAUUUGCAACAAGCUCAACUGACACUAAAAUACAUGUGUGCAAGAUUGGUGAAAACCUCCCAAUUAAAACUUUUGUUGGGCAUCAGAGUGAAGUUAAUUGUAUCAAAUGGGAUCCUACUGGUUCAUUAUUGGCCUCUUGUUCCGAUGAUAUGACUGCAAAGAUAUGGAGUACGAAACACGAUAAAUAUCUUCAUGAUUUUAGGGAGCAUUCCAAGGAGAUAUAUACUAUCAGAUGGAGCCCAACUGGUCCUGGUACAAAUAACCCUAAUAAAAAUUUGGUUUUGGCUAGUGCAUCAUUUGAUUCAACGGUAAAGCUUUGGGAUGUGGAACUUGGGAAACUUGUCUACAGCUUGAAUGGACACGGAGAUCGUGUAUACUCUAUUGCAUUCAGUCCCAAUGGCGAGUAUUUAGCCAGUGGGUCUCCUGACAAAUCGAUACUCAUAUGGUCCUUGAAGGAAGGCAAGAUCGUUAAAACCUACACUGGUGAUGGAGGCAUUUUCGAGGUGUGUUGGAAUAAGGAGGGUGACAAGAUCGCUGCAUGUUUUGCCAAUAAUACAGUAUGCGUUUUGGAUUUCAGAAUGUAGAUCCUGCGAAGCACCAAGUUAAUUUGCCUAGUUAACUUUUUUUCUCUCCUUUUGAAGAGAUCUAUGGAAGUGUACUACGCCUAUUUUUGGUGGAUAGGUUUCCCGCCUUAACCAUAUUUGUAGACAUAGCUUAUGGUUCUGAGAUCCUGUAACUGUAUUUUUCCACAGAUCUUCAGUAAGAAAAAAAAUGUAUAGAUUGAGUUGGAGACAUCGUGUUUUAUC